ACGUUCUUAGUUUCCCUCUCUUGAGCAGUUCAAUUUGUGAUCUUCAUACAGACGCAGAGAGAUGAGCGCGUUGAGAGAUUUACAGCUUCCGCUAAAUCAAACGCAGAAAAUUAGGUUACGGAGAGCUCUGCAGCAGCUUCAGGAAUUAGCUUCCAAAUCCAUCUCCUCUGCUUCUGUCACAGUCGCCGACACCAUCCCUGUUAACCACGAAGACGGCGUCCUCAAGGGGCAUGGAACUUCUGAGCUUGAUGGCGAAGUGGUUGCGACUCUAUGCGGAGUAGUGGAACGAGUUAACAAGCUCGUCUACGUCCGAGCUUUAAGGGCCAGGUACAAGCCGGAGGUUGGAGAUAUCAUCGUGGGACGUGUCAUUGAAGUUGCUCCGAAGCGUUGGAGACUAGAGAUCAAUUUUAGUCAGGAUGCAGUCUUGAUGCUUUCGUCAAUGAACUUGCCUGAUGGUAUCCAGAGGCGGCGAACUGCUGUUGAUGAGCUCAAUAUGCGCAGCAUUUUUGAAGAGAAUGAUGUCGUAUGUGCUGAAGUUCGUGGUUUCCAGCAUGAUGGCAGUUUACAUCUUCAAGCAAGAAGCCAGAAGUAUGGAAAGCUUGAGAGGGGUCAACUGCUAACAAUCCCUCCUUAUUUAGUGAAGAGACGCAAACAACAUUUCCACCACCUUGAAAAGUAUGCGGUUGAUUUGAUUCUCGGGUGUAAUGGAUUCAUCUGGGUUGGCGAGCAUGUAGAAAGGGAUAAUAUGAUGGAAGAGCCAGAAAAUAAAUCUGAACAACAGAAUAGCAAGUUGGAUAGAAGAUCCAUGAGUAUUGAAGAGCAAGAAAGUACUUACACUCUACUAGAGACAAGGCAGGGCAUAUGUAGGAUAGCAAAUGCAGUUCGGGUUUUGUCCAGUUUGGGAUUCAGUCUUAAUGUUGAAUUGAUCAUGGAGACAGUUGAACAUAGCAUCUUCCAGAACGUUGAUAUCCAUGAGAUGCUCGGAGCGGAGUUCUGUGUUCAAAUUGCAGAGAGAGAAGUUGAACGGCGAAGCUCAUUUACCAAAAAGAAAAGGUGAUUGCUGGUACGUUGUUGUGAAUUCUUGGUUAAAACAAUGCUAUUUUAUUUAUUCAUAAUAAUUUUUUUGUGGU